AUGAUGAAUGGAUCACAAAACUAAAGUUCUCCAGAUGAACUAGAAUACUUAUUAAAGCAAUUACGACAGAAGUUUGCCUCAGUUUCAUUACUAACUGAAGGGUCUCCAGAAAAAGAUUCUCCUCGCAAAAGUCUUAAAAUCCCCAGACGAACCUCAGAGAUGCAAUUUGAUAAUGAUGUAUUCGAAUUUUCUCCCGAUUUAUAAGCUAACAACUCAAACAUGGGAGCAGGGGGUGCAUCCUUAAAUGGUAGUUUUGAGCUGAGAAAUUCUAGUGGUCUGAAUAACUCUCAGUCACGGAUUGAUAUUAAAUCUAAUUUCUAUAUAAACAAACUGAUGAAAGUAGAAGAUACUGAGCAAUUGAUGCAGUCACUUUUCUCGGUCGCUGAAAAUUUAAUAUAAGAUUACAAGAAGUCUGAUCACAGAUUGAGAAAGGAACGCCUCAAGAAUAGAUAAAAUGAGCACACUAUCUACGAACAGGAAUGCGAAUUAGUAAAGCUGAAACAGAAAAAUGAAGAGCAACUCGAAAUUAUGAUGUAAUUCGAGUAAGAGUACCUUAAAUAAAAGGACGACUACAAUUAGCUAAUGAAUGAAAUUGAAGAAUUGCAUAGAGAGAAUAAAGAUCUCCGAGAAAUUAUUAAGGGUUUUAAUCAUGAAAAAAGUGAGUUGAAGCAAAAUAUGCAAGAGAAGAUAGAUUUUCAAAAAGAGCAAUAGCAAAGGGUGAAUUAAGUGUUAGUGACAUUUAAAGAUAAAAUAAAAGUUCUUUAAUAAGAGGCUUUCUUGCAAAAUAAAAAAAUCGGCGAAUAUGAGAAGGAAAACUAAAAUCUUGUGAAAUAAUUAUAUGAAUCCAAAAAUUAAAAUAAAUUUUUCAGAGAUGAACUACAGCAUAUGCACUAAAUUGAAGAUAAUCUUCAUAAAAAAUAGCAAGAACUUCUGGCAAGCAAGUCGCAAUAAAACCAGCAAGCUACAAUAAUCCCUGAAAUGAAGGAAAGUAUUAUUAGCGGAGUUAGCAGUUCUCAGUAGAGUACUCUUCAUGAACCCAUGUCACUAAGACUUGAGUAACUUGCUUUGAAGAAAAGAAACUAAAGAGGAAACAAUAGCGUUGACUAUGACACUAAUAACAGAUCAUUUAAUAAAUCAGCAAAGCAAAUCAAGAAGGUAAAGCUUGAAAGGAUCGACUCAAUCGAUAAUGAUGAUGAUAAUCAAUUGUAAUUCGAGUAAUGCCUCCAAGUUCAAUAGCAGUAAUCCAUGUAAGCAAGGCCUAGAUUAUCUACGUUUGCAUCUAACAAAAAUGGGAAUACUAGCAAUAAAACUCUUGCUAAUGAGCUAAAUAUGGAUGUAUUUGAGGAUUUCUUUAGCUUGGGAAGUAGAUUUGAGGAUAGGUCCUAGCUACUUAUCACAGAUGAUGACAUAUCAGAGUUAAGCCCAAGAUAUUCACCUUAAAAUAGAAGGCUAUCUCACAAUGAUCUACUUGAGCCAUUCACUCCGAGAAACUGUUCAGCAUCAAAUCUUAGUUCAGCACACAGAAGAAGACUAGUUGCAAGAGUGGCAAGAGGAAAAGAUGGGAGACCUCUUGAUCCAAAAUCGAGUUUAUAAUACUUGCUCACUAAAUCCAAGAGAAGAAUGACAAUUGCCUUGAAAAACACUGAGCUACCUCAAAAUGUAAGACUUUCUUAAAAGGAAUUCGCUAGCUAUCUUCAAAAGAAAUACGGCAGGAAAAAUGUUAAGAAAUAUGAUGACAUGCUAAAGAAUGAUAAAAAGAUUGAUAUUGGCGCUUUAAAGCGAAGAGCCACGAUGGUGGGAUCAUAGUUUUCCAGAUUAAGCGAAAUUGAAAAGAAAGUAGAUACAAGUGUCCUUAUAACCAGAAAGGAAGCUAAAGAUUUCAAAGAUGUUAUUAGUCCAAAAAGUCCAGAUCUAAAGUUAAAAGCUUAAAUGAGCACAAAAGAAGAUGAGACUUUGAAUACCAGUCAUCUAAGUGAGAAAAACAAUGUCUCUCACACCAAACGCUUUGAAAAACUUAUGAAUAAAACUGUGAUCAUUCGCUAGAGAAAAUAAGAAGUAGAGCAAGAAGCAAAGAAGACUGGAGAGUGCAAUAUCUUUUGA